GGUGUCGCUGUCGCCAAUGCCCGGGUCGGUGCCGCUAUAAACCAACGCCCGCGCCGGACAAAUAACAUUCCAAGAGCAAAAUCCUGCCGGGGUAAGUGUGAUCCUGCAUGUCCGAUCUGGUGCACAACCGAACAUCGUGCUACGUCAGGACCGACAGACGUGCGGGCCGUUUUCGCGUUUCUUCCCACUCCCGUGAGCUUCAGAAGAUUCGGCUCGAAUUCAAACAGACGAGUAAAGCUGCAGGCGUUAAGCAGCCCAACCUUUGGCUAGAGAAACCGCGACCAUCAAACGAUUUUCACAAUGAACAUACCCAAUCAGUACCUAGAAAAGACAGAAGACGUGGCCGAUCAGGUAAUCCGUAAAAUGAAACACGUCUUGCCGCACGUCGCCAGAUUAUGCCUGAUAGCAACAUUCCUCGAGGAUGGGAUCCGCAUGUGGGUGCAGUGGAACGAACAGCGUGAGUACAUGGACAUGAACUGGGGAUGUGGCAAAUUUCUGGCCACGAUGUUCGUGCUGGUCAACCUCGUCGGCCAGAUCGGUGGCUGCGUGAUGGUGCUCGGCCGCCUAAAGGUGAGCAUCGCCUGCUGGCUGCUGUUCGGCAUCGUCGUGCUGCAAACCGUCGCCUACUCCGUGCUGUGGGACAUUCAGUUUCUGCUCCGUAACCUAGCCCUGAUAGGUGCGCUGUUACUCGUACUGGCAGAAUCUCGUGGCGAGGCGCGGUCACUGUUCGCCGGUGUACCGUCACUGGGUGAAAACAAACCGAAAAACUUCAUGCAACUUGCCGGGCGCGUCCUGCUCGCAUUUAUGUUCAUCACGUUGAUCCGAUUCGAGCUCAGCUUUCUGCAGAUCGUGCAGGACAUCGUUGGCUCGAUCCUAAUGGUGCUGGUUACUAUUGGCUAUAAGACCAAGCUUUCCGCCUUGAUUCUAGUGGCACUGCUGACGGUGCUGAACCUCUACCACAAUGCCUGGUGGACCAUACCAGCGUACAAGCCGCUGCGCGACUUUCUCAAGUACGACUUCUUCCAGACCCUAUCCGUGAUCGGGGGGCUGCUGAUGAUUGUGUCUCUUGGCCCCGGUGGUGUGUCGAUGGAUGAGCAUAAGAAAAAGUGGUAAUCUGGUGGGCCUGGCCACCAGAGCGUACUGCCCUCCUAAUGCAGCGAACCUUUCAGCGCCAGGUAGUUGCGUAAAGGGAAAGUCGGUAGAACCAAACAGGAUCAGGAUUACGUGGUAGACAGAGUAUUGAAAAUCUGGCUUACUGAACCCGGUGGAGGCGAUCGCCAGCUCAACGAUUUGGCUUACAUCAUAAUACUGUGCUUGAAAUUCGAUGUACACACUCCCCCCCUUCACCAAGUACAGCCGGCUGCGCUGGCCUGCACUGUGCAACCUACACACGACGUCAGAGCGAAAUGUACAGCCAAAAAAAUGUCACAGUGCAAUGGAAGAAUUUAUCUAUUUUGCAGACUUAGAACAGAGAUACCUUAAAAAAAUAUUGAAUAAAAUGACAUUCGAACAAUGUACGUUCUCACUGAAGAAAAAAAAACAAGUUCAAACUGACAUCAAGCCUGUGUGUAGAUAGCUAGGGAUAUAAUUUUAAUGAAUUGAAUAACACGUAACACCCAUCAUACAAUGCUGCCAACCAUGGCAUGCUACCAAGCGAACGCGUUUCAGGACUUCUAUUUGUUUCGCACAGCACUAGCGUUCAUUUAGCGUGCAGCAGAUGAAUGUUUUCAUUAAGGAGUACACUAACUAUUUUAAAGCCAUCGUCCCAUCGGCCCAUCGAUCACGGAUAGAGAGAAAAAACAGAGAAUUUACAAAAAACAGGUGCUGGGCCAUAGCAACCCCGAACUACAGACCUCCAACAAUCACGAUGUGGGAAAAAAUGGAAGACUGACCACAAUGCACCGGUUUAGAAACCAAUAGAAUAUAAAUAGAAAACAGGUGCAUGACGAUGCAAAGUAAAGAACAAAACCUUCAUGCGAAGCAGACAGAAUAAGAAAUGAAACGGAAUACAUCUCGAAGCUUGGCUCGAAGCAGCAAAAUGGCAAGAAGCAAAAUUUAUGAACGGUAAAACGUAUUCGUCGAAGACGAGACACGCCUAUAAGGAGCAUCAGAUCCUGCCACUGAUUAGUUUUGUUUGUUUGCCCUAAUUGUUUGUAUUUGUCAUGAUUAUUUUCGUAGCAAAAUUUACUUAACAAACCGUACCGAUAUUUUUUGAACGAUAUUCGAACAGCUCCAUCACCUGAAUGGUAACGAUACGCACAGAUCACACGUCAAACUAUGUAGCUUGUAAAGCGCCAAUGUUAGCACUCUUGAUCCAGCACAUUCCCUGUACUUUGUUGAAAGCGUUCAGCAAUCAAGCAGUGAUUUCGGCACCGUCAAUCCUCGCCGUUGUGAAACUGUGCACCCAGAAAGCUCUUUGUGAAACUACUUACUCUCGAUUGGUUGAUUCGAAACGAAGACUAGACGUGUUACUUUGUUGUGCUUAGGUCGUCGUCCAGUUAUCGCUGAAUUGUGAGGUCUUUUUGGCAUCUAAUGCGCGCGAAACGAGCGCGCAACAGCAAGACAACGGAAGGCACUAUAACGUCCAUCUCAGAAACCUGCUAUUGAUACUGAAAACUCUAGUACAUCGAAUUUGUAGCUCUAGCGAACAUAUUCGUCGAUCCAUUAUUUUCGUUUAAUAAAUCAGCCGGCAAUAAGGAAAACUGAAAAGAGAAACGUACAACCGCUACGGCU